AUGGCUGGACUGGUGCGCCUAUGGAAUGGUUGGGGGCUCCAAAUCCUAGUGCUUGUUAGCUUCAUGCUGCAAGUGUUCCUGCUCAUAUUCGCUAGGAUGCGACGGUGGAACAUCUCCAUCGUCCCAAGGACCGUCCUCUGGCUAGCAUACCUGCUAGCAGACUACAUAGCUGUAUUCAUCCUCGGCCACAUGUCCUUCUGUGGCAAGUCCCACGGGCACCAACAACUCAUGGCAUUUUGGGCGCCGUUCUUGCUGGUGCAUCUCGGUGGCCAGGACAACAUCACUGCCUACUCCAUAGAAGACAACCAGCUCUGGCCGCGCCACCUGCUGUCUUUUGUCAUGCAGACGGUGGGAGUGGCUUAUGUCCUUUACAAGUAUGUCGCUGGCAGCUGGACCUUGGUCACAGCCUCAGUGCUGAUAUUUGUCAGCGGUGUUCUCAAGUAUGGGGAGAGAGUAUGGGCUCUCAAGUCCUCCAGCCUGGACAACAUGAGUAAGUUCAUCGACAGCAGGAAGUUGAGUGAGGCUAAACGAGAACCGCGUGCACAUUGGGGCCAAGGGGAGACGUUAGAUCCUGAAGAGGUUCUGGAAGGAGCUCAUGACCUACUCCCCAUUUGCAUGGCUCAGUUGGUGGACUAUAAGUUCUGGCCAUCCACAUUGCAGAGUAAAGCCAUAGAGCUAUUCGAUAACAAGGACCAAAUGUUUGAGUUGGUUGAGAUGCAGCUCUCCUUGAUGUAUGAUUUCUUAUAUACCAAGGCAACCGUGGUCUUCACAUGGUAUGGAUUCUUCAUCCGUGCCAUUUCAUCGAUCACCACCAUCACCGCUUUCUUCCUCUUCCAAUCAAGCAUUGGCAAAAAUGACUUCAACAGAGUUGAUGCCAUUGUCACGUACAUCUUAAUAGCUGGGGCUGCCCUCCUAGAGAUGAUAGCAUUGUUGAGGGCAAUGGGAUCAACAUGGACAUGCGCAUUGUUGCGUGCUAGAAGAUGGCAUCGGCUUCAUAGUAUAGUCAUAUAUGUCCGACAGCGUGUCAAGGCUGCGGAAAGAAAUAGAAGAUGGUCAGGUUUCAUCGGACAACCCGAGUUGUUGAACUUGUCCCAUGGCAGUGGAGGCUGCGUGUCUGCGCAGUGCUUGCGAUGCAAAGAUUUGUGGAAGAAGAUGCACCACUCCUUACCUGUUAUUUCAGAUGGUACUAAGAAGUUGGUGUUGGAAGAGGUAUGUAGAAUGGUGGGGACAUGUAGAGGCAAUGAGGAUAUCAUGAGGAGUUACAGUGGUCAGUGCGUGCUGAGUCCAUGGCACAGUUUCUUCGAGGAUCCCACCUCGCGCGUUGGCAUUGAUUUUGAUGACAAAAUCCUUUCCUGGUACUUUGCCACCAAAAUGUUCUUGUCAAGGCGAUCUCGUGUGGAAGAGCAAGAUUAUCUUGUGGAGGCAAUUAGGGAAGUCUCUAAAUAUAUGAUAUUCCUCCUUGUUGAACGCCCCUACAUGCUGCCUAGCCCUGUUCGCCCUGGAUUGUAUGCCAAUAAUAAAGCAGCAUACGCGAGGCUUGAUUUUUCUGACGUGAAAUGCAUCAGCAGAAGGGGGAAGCUGGACAGCAGAAGAAGAAUAUGGGAUUUGGACACAAGAAGGGACGGGGACGAGCUGGACAGAGCAAGGGGAAAGUUGGAUAUACUAAGGGAGGAGCUGGAUAUACUAAGGGAGGAGCUGGACAAGCAGAACAAAAAGCAGUACACACCACAGCGUCUCAUCAGAACUGAAAGGGAGAUGCUAGACAAAAUAAGUUUGGAGGUUGAAGAAAUAAGUUUGGAGGUUGACGGUUCAAGGGAGAACCUGGAGGAGCUGAACAGAAUAAUGAAAAAGCUGGAGGAGCUGGAUAGAAGAACCGAGCAUCGCCGUCGUAAACCUUCACCUCCACCUGCCUUAGCCCGUGUAGCGGAGCUUGCUGUUGGGCUUCUAAAGGCGGAGGAACGAGGUGAGACGGAGGUGCUGCGAGUGGUACUUGGCGUGUGGGUGGAGAUCCUGUGCUAUGCAGCCCACCACUGUAGCAGGGAUUCCCAUGCCAGGCAGCUCAACAGUGGCGGUUACCAUUCUAUUCCGAGGACAAGUGUGGAUGGUUUCGGGAUAGCUGCAGAUGGUUCCGCGGAUACUGCAUAUGGUUCUGUGGGUGCGAUGGUCGGACAUUCUCCAGCCGAAGCCAUCUUCGAUGCCGUAUUUUUAGAUGCUAAGGGAUUUUUGACAUCCGAACACAGUCCAAUCCGAAUCAGAGUCCGAUUGAUAUGA